UCCGAAUGGAUUCAGUUUUUCAAGGAAGCCGGGAUCCCCCCGGGCCCCGCCGUCAACUACGCUGUCAUGUUUGUGGAUAACAGGAUCCAGAAGAACAUGUUGAUGGAUCUGAACAAGGAGAUCAUGAAUGAACUGGGCAUCACAGUGGUGGGAGACAUCAUCGCCAUCCUCAAACACGCCAAAAUCGUGUACAGGCAGGAGAUGUGCAAGGCAGCCACUGAAUUGCUCUGCCCCAGCUCCCCCGGCGUUCAAGCCGAGCUGCGCCGCAACGCCAACAGCGCCGCCAGCCGGAUGAUCGCCAACAGCUUGAGCAGAGACUCACCUCCCGCCGCCCCCCUCCGACAACGGCCCCACGCCUCCAAAAUCUCCGUCACCGUCUCCAACAAACUGGCCGCUGCGAAGGCAGGUUUCUGCGAAACGGCAGACGAAAAUCCAACGAUCCCGGUAAAACGCCGCCGGGUGACGGCAGAAAUGGAAGGGAAAUACAUCAUCAACAUGCCCAAGGGCACCACGCCGAGGACAAAGAAAAUCCUGGAGCAGCAAGCAGCCAAAGGUCUGCAGAGGACAUCCGUCUUCGACCGGCUGGGAGCCGAGGCAAAAGCGGACACGACCACGGGAGGGAAGCCCACGGGGGUCUUCAGCAGACUGGGUGACGCUUUGGGGACCGUCGGGGACAAAGCCACCGAGAGCGACGACGACUGCUCCGUCCUCCAGUACGCCGGCGUGUUAAAAAAACUCACCAAACCUCCCCGUAAGGAAAGCGCCGAACCGGGAGAGACCACCGUCGCGACGAAAGCCGCCGGUUCGGAAGCCAAACCGGUCGCCGUCACCGCCGCCGUCCAGCGUCUCGGUCACAGGAACGUCGCCGGUAUCCGUAUGACGGUGAAACCGCAACCGGCGGCAUCCAAAAUCGGCGGCGCGGCGCCGGUUGAACCCCAGGAUGGCGUCGUCACCAGCACGAAGGAUAAAAACGAACCCGAAUUUCGGGUGACGAUCAAAAGGACCUGGGGGUGCGGGAAGGUGAGCAGCACCAGCGACACCCCCGGUGCUCAGAUGGACAACGCCGGCGCCGUUAGCGUCUUUAAACGGUUGGGGAAGAAACCGGAUUGA